UUUUAAGACUUACUGGCACGUGUCAUACACCGGGCUGAGAGGAAUAUUACUACCUCAGUCCAUAGCGCGAGCAACAUGCUGUCUUGUGGGAACGAAAGAGGACUGAAGUGUGACCUUCCGUUUUGGCGGACCGUGGCGAGCUUGGUGGGGAUCCUGCUAUCGGCGGUUCGCGCGACGUCGCAGCCUGCGGAGGUGUGCGCUUUUUCGAGCAGCUGCAACUGCUCCAGCGACGGCACGAGAGUGGAAUGCCAGACGGCUUCCUGGCCCUCUGUCCAGCCGGCCGACGGCCGCAAGGUGCUGUCGCUAUCCGUGACGGGGCUGCAGCAGCGCAGUCUCCUGCCGGCAGACUUCGCAAACGUGUCUGCUCUGGAGUUCCUCUCCGUCACUGACGGGCUCCUUCUCGAGGUCUCUCGAGACGUCUUUUCUGGUCUGUUACAAUUGGAAACUCUUGUUCUAUCAAGAAACCAGCUGAAAAUAUUUCCUACAGAUGUCUUCGUGGACAACUCACACCUCAAGAACCUAGUCCUGUCUGGGAAUCCGAUCACACUUCCAGUAUCUGGAACGUUCCUUCGAAGCGAGCCUCUGCAGUACUUGGACAUCUCCAGCUGCAGCCUGUCCAAGCUUCAGCCAGAAGUCUUCGCAGGUCUUCCCCAACUCCAGGAGCUGCACCUCGGGAACAACAACCUUGUCGCGUAUCCAGGCGAUGCCUUAAGGCCCCUCUCUAACCUGCAUACCGUUUACCACGACAUAUUCAUCGCAGGCGACAGCUCACGUUCUUACACGCGACAUUUUAUCUAUAUUAGCUGCAUGGCUGCCACUAUUGUCAUCUUGUUGUUCGUCUCAUACAAAGCUGUCACACUGUUGAUUAUGAACUCCUGGUGCAGGACAUGCAUGCCCCAGUUUGAUGAUGUGUACUUUGAGCUGGGCAGCGGUAAACCGCUGGCCCUAUCCAACAGACUGGACGAAGUGAGGCAGCCGCCUUUGCUUAACAUUAACCGCACACAGCAGCGGAGACUUCCUGCACCCCCUUCUGGAUCCUGGACUCCCACAGACAGCCCACAGUUCCACUCCCUAUUAUCAAACCAACCUCUUUAUGAGACCAUAUCUCCUCCUUAGCAGAGAGCUCCCACUAUCAGAGGAUUAACAUUGUGAAAAAUAUGUAUCAGAUUAAUUACCUUACACUACUUAGUUUAUAAUUUAAAGUAUAAGUAUUGCUAAAUAUAAGAAGUAUUUGCAUUAUAGCAUUUACUUAUUUUCUUAAGAAACACUCAAGAGGUUUUACAAGAAUCAUAUAAUAGCAUUACAAGUAAAAUCAAUUUCAUACAGAAUGUUCAACACUGUCUUUAGGUAGAAUGAUAAGAAAUUACAAAUUUAAUCUUUUAACAAAUUAAUCAUUAACUGAAUAGCAAGAUGUAAUUAAAAGAACUUGUUUUAAUGUGAAUAAUAAAGAUCGAAGCUGUCUUCUUUAGCCUCAAAAUCAACAUUAUUUGCUAAAAAUACAAGGAAGGUAAUCAAGGAGUUAGUAAAUACCGAUGUUUAGGAUUAUACAUUGAUUAAAAAAUAAAAACAUUUGAAUAUCCAAUUAAAAUGGAUGAAAUUGGAAAAAUUGAUUCAAACAUUGGGUUAUCAAUUGAUAUACUUCCUUAAUAAUACCUAUGUGCAGCAAUAAGUAUAAAUCUAUCAUUCUGUGAUACUUUAUAGUGAGUUAUAGAUCACAUUGCUCUUGGAUUAAAUUUCACUGAAGACUAGAGUCAAGAGAAAUUAAAGAAUGUGUGUGAUAUACCUUUACCAAUAAGAAUCAUUUAUCUUAUAAUACUAAUUCAAAUAUUAGAUAAACAUGUAUAAGAGUGCGCAAAUUAUAAAUCUUGUGGUUUAAAUAUCGAGAGAGGAAGAAAGAACAGGAUUUCAAAUGAAUUCUUACUUAAGGCCAUUUUAAGUUAUAAAUUUAGAUUAGCUCAUAAAAUGCAGUGGUAUUGAAUUCAUAUUUAGUCAAAAAAAGGUUUAAAACUAUUAUUUUCAUAAAUAUGGCAAGUAGCAAGUGUGUUAUAUAUUUUAGUUAAGUUGAUAUGUAUUUCGGUCUUUCACUCAUCUUCAGUAACAUAAUAUAUACAUGAGCCUUGAGUCAAUAAAUAGUUAUGACAUUUACAAAAAAUUCCAUGCUUCAGCUGAUCUGUUGCAAUUCCUAUUUUCACAUUUAUGAAUGUAUCACAAACACUUUUUUACUUCUGUUUUGCACAAAAACAGCUCUGUAUCCAUCAUGCUGCCAUCUGACAUCUUUGUUUACGUCUGAAAAAUACAUCUAUACUCAGAGAUUGUAUUCUGCCUAAGAGUUCUCCUGUGGCCAAGGCUAUAAUUUGCUUACAGGUUUUUUAUGGCUAAAAAGAAAUGAAACUGUUUAGCAUGAAUAUACUAGAUGCUCUAUAUCGUUAUUAGCUAUGUGCAUUAGUGGUUGUUUAAUUAUAUCAAAUGAAAUAUUACAAAAAAAACAAUUUAGUGCAUUUUAUAUAGAAGAAUAAGUAUUACAUUUUUUCAUUUACCUCACAGUUGAAAUGACAUUUUUAAAUGAUAAAGACAGAAUAGUAAACCCACAUUAUGUGGUAAUAUUUUAUAUGUUGGAUACGCUCACACUUAUUUGUGUUUGGUCAUAGCUGUACUUAGUGUGUGGCUGUAUGAGCAAUUUAUGGAAUUUCCUGAGAAAAAUUUUGUUUGAUAGCUUAUUUCGUCAUUUAGAAUGUCAUUUGGGGACGCACAAUUGUAACCACAAAUUUUGGUUUCUUCAAGUAUGUCCAGUUUUUUUCCUCUGUUGACGAACUGGAGUACUUGUACGUUGUGAGCUAUGUCUUUCACUCGAUGUUAUCUUGAGCUACAUGUAGGGCAAAUGUAAUUUUGCUUAAAUAAAAAGCAAUCGUAUGUACUCAGAAUCGGAUGUUGAUAUUUCAUCCUUGUUGGCCAAUGUAUAUUUUUGAAUAUGCAUUGCAGUUACAGUUUAGUCUUUGUGGUUGGUUAAGUGGGAAUUUAUUUCACUGUUUAGCUUAUCUGUUAGUUCUGGGUGAUAGCCACAACUGUAAGCAACUACUGCAAUGGUGUUUAGUUUAUCACAUUGGUCAUCUGCUUCUAAUGAGAAAUUGCUUUGUGUGAGGCCAUUUUGUGCGUGUCUGGGUAUAUGAGGUGUUAUUGAUUGUGAGAUUUGCCUAUGUUGGUUUCUUGUAUACUUGAAAGGUAUGGGAUAUUGUUGGGGCUAAUUAUAGAGGGAUCCAGAAAACUUAAAUCUUUGGCUGUAUGAUUUUCAACAGUGAGAUGAAAUUCUAAUGUAUUUCAUUGAUUUCCUUCUGUUGUACCAUCAAAUAAGAUCACUAUAUAGUCAACACAUCUUUUAUAAUAUACUUUUUUUGCUAACUAUCUUGUUGUUUUUGUUAAAGAAUUUAAACUCUAAGUUGAUGAUGAAAAUAUCAACGUGCAAACUGGUAAAGCAGCUUCUUACAGCUAGGCCAUUUGUCUGCAUCUUUCAGUUAAAAGAAUGGGCUUACUUGAAGAAAUCGAAAUUUAUUCUCUCAUAUUUGCAUCCCCAAAUUACAUGUUAAAUGAGCAAACAGCAUUACCAUAUAAAAUUUUUCUAAGGAAUUUUCAUAAAUUGCUCAAGAAAAACACACAUACAGACCACCUAUGGAAAAACAUAAUCCAUUGUGACCCCUUCCAGUGCAUAAAAUACUGCUACAUAAUGUAAGUCUGCUGUUCCAUCUUUGUCGUUUAUAACAUAACUCCAGCUGUGGCAGGAAAGGGAAAAAUAUAGUGCCAAUUCUUCUCUAUAAAAUGUAGUAUAUUAUUUCUGUUUUUGUAUUUGUGUAAUCUAAUGAAAGUCACUAAGACACUUAUUUAAGAACCACAUAGAAUGCACAGCACAUUCAUAGUACACAAUUUCAGUUCUUUUUAGCCAUAAAGAACCUGCAAGCAAAAUAUAACUUUGACUAUAGCACUAUCUGUAACCAAAAUACAGUCUUUGACCAUAAAUGUAUUUUUCGUUUGUAAAGAAAUCUGUCUCUUGGUAACAUAGCAGAUACUGGUCCAAAACAGAAAUAACAACAAGAAGAGUAGAAAGCAAAUACUCCUAAAAUGCAGUAUACUAUGACAAUAGAAUUUACAAACUGUAUUAGCUAAUCAAAAUUAUUAUCUUACACAGGACAGCAGCAGCACCAAAGUUGCUGUUAAUGUUGCAACUAUGUACUGACUGAAGAUUCAAAUUUGUUUGAUGCUAACUGAAGAUAAGUGAAAGCCAAAAUGUAUAAUAGGUUAAAUAAAAGUACAUAACAAAGUGGCUGGUUGCUGUAUUUAAUAAAAUGAUAUAACUCAAAGCCACAGAGUUCAGCAGACAGGAAAAGGGAUAAAUUAUUGUUGGAAACUAGUUUAUAGAAUGAAAUACCAAAACACUGAACUAUGUCCAUUAUGGUAACAUUUGUUUGCGUACAUUAUAAGAUUCCUCCUGUAUACAGAAAUAAAAAUGCAAGUAAUGAAUGUGUACUACUGAUAAUAAAGCGGUUCUGUCUGUC